UUAUACUAUUUAUCUAAAUUAAAGAUAAUCUGAGGGAGGGUCAGGUGCUUUUGAGUUGAGAAAGAAAGCGAAUUAAGGGCUUCACCGCCAACGUGAGUCGGCAGCUACUACUUUGGGGGUGGGAUUUGUUCUUGAAUCUAUCCGUAUUCGCUUCGGAGGUAGAGAGAAUGUUCCAUCCGAAGAAAGCGUCGAGUAUGAAUUCUCACGAGAGAGGGGUGUGCGUACAAGGCGACUCUGGUCUCGUCCUCACCACCGACCCCAAGCCCCGCCUCCGUUGGACUGUCGAGCUUCAUGAGCGCUUUGUCGACGCUGUCACUCAGCUCGGAGGCCCUGAUAAGGCAACCCCAAAGACCAUCAUGCGAGUUAUGGGUGUAAAGGGUCUUACCCUUUACCACCUCAAGAGUCAUCUCCAGAAAUUUAGACUGGGAAAGCAGCCUCACAAGGAGUUCAAUGAUCAUUCAAUUAAGGAUGGUAUGCGAGCUUCAGGUCUAGAACUUCAUCGAAACACGAUUUCUUCAUCCAAUAUGAUCAACCGCACCAUGAAUGAUAGCAACUCAAACAUGGUUGAUGUGAUUAGGAUGCAAAUGGAGGUGCAGAGAAGAUUGCACGAACAAUUAGAGGUGCAAAGACACCUGCAGUUGCGGAUCGAGGCUCAAGGGAAAUAUAUGCAGAGUAUACUAGAGAAAGCUUGUCAAACCCUUGCCGGUGAGGACAUGGCAGCUUCCGGGGGCUACAAGCUCAUGCCUGGAAUCCCAAGCAAUAAUAAUCAACAAGGUGUUGGCGACAUGGGCGGAGGUAUCAAAGAUUUUGGGACCCCUCUCGGCUUCCCUUCAUUUCAAGACCUCAACCUCUAUGGAGGCCACCAGCUGGAUCUUCAGCAAAACGUGGAUGGAUUCAUGCCUCACAACGACAGCUUACUGUGCUUGGGAAAGAAGAAGCCGCGGCCACCUGCAAACUACGGAUCCGGAAAAUAUGCGUUGGACUGGCCGGAUGAUCUCCGGCUGCAAGGCAUAGGAAUGACGCCGCCGCAGCAAGCAGAUCAUGAAUUCAAAGACAUUAACAUUGUUGCGACGCUGGCAGAAAGAGGUCAUUUGGAGGAAAUGUAUGAGGCAAAGCCAGUGGGAUCGGAUGAGAGCAUGCUAGGGGAUCACAAGAAAUAUGAUACCAAUGACAAUGCGUCCUUAAAGCUUCAGAGGCCGUCGCCCAGGAGGGCACCCCUUUCAGCAGAAACAGUCAACCAGUCUCUUACAAGCGCUCCGCAGGUCACACUUUCACCUUUUGGUUAAUUUUGUUAAAAUAUCAUCGGUUUAGUGUUCAGAGUUUUCAGUUAAGUAUUUUAGUUUGAGUGAAUACUUCCAUUUUCAACUUAAAAAAAAGAGUGGAUGUCAAUUAUCGUGUAAUUAAACUCAUUUUCCUUUAUGAUUUUAAAUUCAGUACUUAUAAUGGGCAUAA